AUGUCGACAGAAGUUAUAUACGCUCGAUCCUGGGAUCAAGGACAUACGAAAUCCCAGUCACUCAAUAUCUAUACACACAACACAAAGGCAGUGAGCGAUACAGCACUGAGCGAGGCCAAACCAGCUACCCUCAACUCGAAGCAACGGAUGCGAUUCUGGUCAAAGUUCAAACGCUCCAAGAGCCAGAAUAUAAACAACUACCACACCAAAUCAAACGCAAUACCCCAGCGAGCAAAGUCAGAUGCGAAUCUAGUAUGGUGUCCCGAACAGAAGAUAUGGCUAUUCGCACGUCAACCUGCCAACCACUCAUCUCCUUCCUCUCAAUCACAACCAAAGACUACCGCUACCGCAAUACUUCCACCACGAGCCGAGUAUGAUGAAGAAGAACUCCUCUUUGCCCAGUUGCCUGGCCAUUAUUGCCUAGGUAUCUACACCGAAGUCAACAACGAGCCCGUCAGCCCCUGUCAACCAGACUUUUUCGACUUCUCAGCACAAAAAGCCUUGGGUGGAAGCCGAUGGAUGUCCGUUGCUCAACGAGUUGGGCCGGGAAGUACCAUGAGCUGA